CUUCGGUGUUUCUUCUCAAUAGGGCGCCAUUUCCCCGAUAUGGUCGUGCAACGGGUCGACACGGAAAACCCCGUCGGCCCUCUAUCCGCGUACGCACUGGGGGGGCCUUGGGAACUGGUUCCCCUUUUAUACCGGCAUGUCCUCGUCCAGCCCUUCUGCAAAACUUAAUUCAUUCUCGAGGCCUUGGAUUCACCCAAUCAGCAUCAGUCAGAUCUCUCUCUCUCUCUCUGUGUGUGUCUCUCCCUCUCUCUAUCAUGGCAUCCCUGUUCUCACGAGCGAGGUUGGCGACGCUCUCCAAGCUCGCCGUGGGCACCGCGGUCGCGGUCCCCACCGGCUUCUACUUCUGGACGCGGCGGUGUGUCUUCGACGGCGGGUUCUCCCCGGCCACGGAUCCCGUUUUCCAGCACCCCUUCUUGAAGACGGUGAACCCAAGGGGCAACCCCGUCUUCCACGACUCCUACGUCCGGACCGUGACGUUCGACGACAUCAGGCCGGACCUGUUGGAGGAUGCGCUGAACGGCGGAUCGAGACUCGUGGAGGCGUACUCGGCGGGCGUCUGGGGCAGAUAUGGAUUCAACGCCCAGCGGAAAAUCUUGGAGAUGGCUCGCAAGAACGAGGCCAACGCAGGUGACCUCUGGGAAAAAGAAGACCUGCUGAGGAGCACAUAUCAAGUCGGCACAAUCCUCGCCGACGACUUCAUCGUCGUCGACAAGUCCCCCCGGUCUCUCAUGCUCCGCGGCGGCCUCUCCCCGAGAGUCGCUCCGGACGGACCACGCGAGCUGGACACCAUCUGCAAUCUCACGACGGAGCUCGACCCGCAGACCCGCGUCGCGAGGUUUGCCCUCCAGUCUCUCGUCCUCGACGGGGUGAGCGAGGGCAAGGCUGCGCCGCUGGGGGGCGUUGCCGUGUUCCUGCACCAGCAGUAUGCCAAGUUGCUAUUGACCGCCGGCGUGGAUCACUGCAUCGCGUCAUGACGAGGUCCCCCGAGGCCGAUGCUGGACCAUCUCCCCUCCCCUCGUGUUGUAUCAAAAAUGUGUAUUAUUACC